UUCUCAGCCGUUACUUUAUGACUUUUAAGAUAGAUGAUUUUUAUUUUGUUUUAAAUAGCGACAGCAAAGGCGAGUGACAGAGUGACAAUCCAACAUAGUAAAGUUCUUUAUUCAGGUGUGUCAGGCCUGUUUGUAAUAUUGAUCCACGAUGAAGUUAAAUUUAAGAUCUUUUUCCGUGCCCGUGAACGCCUCCCACACCCCGCCUCUUGCGUCGCUGUCCUCUUGAGAGUCUCAGCGCAGCUCGGUGUGAAGACUCAGUUGACUUCAGGCGUCAGGAUCAUCAGAAGAGGUCUCAUCAGUUCAGUUUUGGACCUUUUGCACUCAGACCCAACUGUCAGGAUGUCUCCGUCCACGUACCCCCGGUUCUUCACCGAGAGGGAGGUGGCCCACCACUGCACCAAGGAUUCCUGCUGGGUGCUGCUGGGGACCAGAGUGUACGACGUGACCGCCUUCCUGCGGAUGCACCCUGGCGGCGAGGCGCUAAUACGCAGCCGCGCGGGGAAGGACCUCACCUGGGAGAUGGAGGGACCUCCGCACCGACAUUCACCGAACGCCCGGCGGUGGUUGGAGCAGUACUACAUCGGGGACCUGGACCGGGGGAGCGGCGCAGAAGAGGUACAGACUCUGAGAGAAAGAGGAAAAGCCAGAGAACAGACAGAGAAAACAUCUGCAGAAAAAACAAACAAGGUAGAAGAAGAGAAUGAGAACUCUCCUUACAAGCUCUGCAGCUCUGUGGAUCUAGACAAGGAUCUGGUGGACUGGCGUAAGCCCCUAGCCUGGCAGGUUGGCCACCUGAGAGAGAAAUACGAUGCAUGGGUUCACCAGCCAGUCGACCGACCCAUCCGACUGUUUGGAAAUCCGUUCAUGGAAGCGGCGACCAAAACUUCCUGGUACUGGGUCCCAGUGGUCUGGCUUCCUAUUGUCUUCUAUCUUUGUUGGCACUGCUACACCAGCCUGGCAAAGGGCAGCACAAGGCUAGAGCUCACCUCAGAGUUCUCCUUCCCGAUCCAUAAGUACAUGUUCCCGGUCCUUUUUAUGAUGGGCUGGUUCUUGUGGACCUUCAUCGAGUACUGCAUCCACCGCUUCGUCUUCCACAUGAAACCGCCGGCUCAUAACUACUACCUCAUCACGAUACACUUCCUUCUGCACGGGCAGCACCAUAAGUCUCCAUUUGACGGCUCUCGGCUUGUCUUUCCUCCCGGGUUGGCCUCCAUAAUGGUGGGAUUGUUCUAUAUGACGCUCUGUAAAACGCUGCCGGAGACCCUGGGGGUGUCAGUGUUUGUUGGCGGGCUGUGCGGCUACGUCGUGUACGACAUGAUCCACUACUACCUUCACUACGGCUCACCAAAGAGAGGCUCGUAUCUGUAUGCCCUGAAAGCCUACCACGUCAAACAUCACUUUGAGCACCAGAGAUCAGGUUUUGGAAUCACCACCACAUUCUGGGAUCAUCCCUUUAACACAGCCAUCCCUGAUGAGAAUUUCUAACAUACCAACGGCUCUCCUGAAGGGCCAGUGGACUUAUCAGCCUCCCUAAUUAGUGGCUGGAUGGGUCAAGUCACCCCCGGCUCCUUUAGCGCUGCAGCAGCCGAUCCAUGCAUACUCACUGUAACACAUUAUAUUCUCUUCAAUGUGUGAGAACCGGUCUUAUCUUUAUUCUCACUGUGAUUGUUUCUACAUUUUUGGUGCCAUUAUUAAUCAGCAAGCGGAUGCAUCGUGGCACAGACCUUAUCAGCCAAAUGUUAGCCAGCUUACCAUCAGAAGUAAAGGGGCAUAGCCAAUAUUCAUCCAAGAAACUAUGGACGUUAUUUUUAAUAAACAUGCAAACAGAGAUCAAAUUGAACGCAUGCUAAAGCGCAGAGAGGGAAAAGGAAGUGACAGAGGGUGGGUGGAUGUGGCGACAGGUGUUGGGGAAAGUGCAUGAGCAUCAAUGAGUCAUUUUACCAGUUAAACCAACUCAGGAAAACCAUUUCCCUUUCUGUUUGAAUGUUCUUCUCUCCCCACAAGGGGACCAACUCGUUAACGCGCCUGUGAACAGAAAACAUUUGUUUUCAGACAUCCUGAUCAAUUCAAAGUCAGUCUUUAAUUUAUUAAACAUCUGCAGGAAUGAAGUUUUCCAGAUGUUUGAAAUGUGCACAUAUUUCUGCUGUAAUAUUUCCUGUUUUUCUCCUGUUUAGGAUUUCACAACAAUGUACAAAAAAAUAAUAUAUUUUUAAGAUGUUUUGUACAAAAAAGGCGAUGCUUUUCUUGUAUGAGAUUUGUUGUCUGUGGAUCGCUGGAUGGAUUCUGUGUGAGUGGAUUUAACGAGGAAUGCUUCAAGGUGUCGGAGGGAUGGCGCUGAAGGAAUGAAGCCGGGUUCUCGGACGUCCUGCUAUAGGGAUCUCAGGGUCAAAGGUUACAGGGAGUUUUAGUCUCAGAAACAGACUGUAUGGAAAAGAUGGACACAGGCAUUAAUUGUUGCCCAUAUUUAAGCAAGGUGAGGUGGAGAGCAAUGGUUAACCUUACUAAGGUGUAACCCCUCAGAGGAACAAUGCCGACAUUCUUACUCAUAAAUCUCGUCCCGUUUGAGACCAAAACACUUUGUGAUGUUUGCAGCCUCAGAAUCAUGUCAUUUAGAGGGUGUUUUUAAUUAAAAAAGGAAGAAGUUUCAUGUACAAAGCUGCAGAUCAUAUCUAAACUUACAGCAGCUUCUCUUGGCUACAGCAAUAGAUUCACAUUGAACUUUUCAGCAUUUGGUACGGCACAAGAGAAGCAGUUUUGAGUCCAUGUUUUUCCUUCAGCCUCUGCUCUGAGCUAGAAUGUUUUUGUGUGCGUUUUUGGUCCCACCUCAGAGUGAAGCUGCUUGUUUAAUCAAGCCCUCAGAUCCCUGCAGAGGUUGAUGAUUGAACGAUCUGACUCGACAGCAGGGCGUCCUGACAGCGACUGGCGGAUCUUCAGCAGAUUCCCUUCGGCACACCUGAAAAAGGAAAACUGAUAACUUUAAGCAGAACAAACAUAAUUCAAAUGAUGUACAUGCAUAACACAUGCAGAGGUCUCUUACAGAACUUUAUUUUAUGCAGAGCUUCAAUAAAGAUUGCCUUUACAAGCCCGGUUGUAUAAAAAGAGCAUCUAUUUUAGAUAACCCAGCGAUAUGAUCACAGUUGCAUUUUUUUUUUUUCAAUAAAAAGAAAGUGAAGCAAUAAUAGUCUUUUGGAGGAUAUGCAACUGUUUCUAAAAUAAGCAGAGAGCAUACAGUGAUGAUUUGUAACUCGUGUCAUUUUGUCUACAGUUAUCAAUUUAAAACCAGAACACUUCUUUAUAGAUGGUAAAAAAAAGAGCAGAUUUAAUCUCACAACUCUGCAGAACAGAGAAGUCGUUUUAUUCCAAAGAACCUUAAAAGGUAUAAAAUGUAUUUUGAAUGUCUAUAAUUUUACAGUUGAUAAGUAAACUAAUGAGAAAUAAUGUGACUCCACUCAUUGGAAAAUAAAAAGAACUGAUCCUAUUUAUGUGAAAAACCAAGAUGGAAAAACUAAAACUUCUGAUUCUCACUUGUAAACUUUUUUCUGUGCUAAAUAAUGCAGCAUAAGUAAUUUUAUUUCCAAAAUCUGUUUACGUGGGGUUUUAUUUUGGAAUUUUAGAUUACUAUGCAAAGGCAAAUAUGUUUGUAAAUAAAUGUCUGUAUAUUUCUGACA